AUGUCAGGAGUGAACAUACUAGUCUGGAUCGUCUUGUUGCUUUUUGCAGAUGCUCUCUCUCCCGAGUACUUUGAUGCCUGCAAAAACAGUCCAUGCCAAAAUGGUGGUGUUUGCAAGAGAAACAAAGGUGAUUACACUUGCCAAUGCUCUAACAGUUCCCAAAAUGGCAGACUCUAUGGAGGUCUGAACUGCACGGUUGUACUGCAGGGCUGUGAGCGCCACAGAUGCCAAAACGGUGGCACAUGCUCUCCUUUUCUCAGCAGCAGUCAACACAGAUACAGCUGCACCUGCCCUGAAGGUUUCACCGGCACAAGGUGCGAGAUUUCCACCACGUUCUCUUUUGAAAAGAGUGGAUUCCUACACAUCAAAACAGCUAUCGAGGACACAGUGGCACUUCUGAACGCUACUUUGAGUUUUCGCACGGUACAAAAAACAGCGACUCUACUGCGUUGCGCAGUGAAUGAGUACGUACUCACGCUGCAGUUGCACAAUGGCCGACUACGUCACUCCAUGAAAUGGGGCAACAACAGUGAAUCAGGUCUGGUGGACCUUUUUCAGGAUGUAGCAGAUGGCCAUUGGCAUACAGUACAGGUUUUCUUGUACGGAAGUAUGUUAGGACUCGAUUUGCAUGACCCAUUGUGCACUGCGAAAACCUGCCACAAAGAAGCACUAGUGGAAAUGGAUCUGGGAUCUGGGUCCGGACCAUUCUCUUUUACACUGGUCCAGAGUGUCUAUAUAGGGGGAACAGGAAAUGGACAAGUAAACCCAAACUCAUAUUUCCUGGGCUGCAUGAGGGAUGUCUACAUUCAGUCUUACCCAGUGGUUCCGGAGUUAAAGGUCAGAGCUGAGCAGUUCAGCUUGACUUUGGGCUGCAAGGAAAGUGACGGCUGUGAGGACAAUCCAUGCAGGAACAGAGGAAAAUGCGUUGGCUUGGGAUGGAAGAAACACAAGUGUGAGUGCCAUCGUCCCUACGAGGGAGACAUCUGCUCAGAGGAACACAUCGCUGCGCGGUUUGGAAAUGAAGAUGUGGAAAGCUAUGCGGUUUUUUAUGUGGACGAUGACCCCAUGGACACUUUCACCGUGUCCAUGUUCAUUCGCACGCGCCGUUUAAACGGUCUGCUCCUCCUUUUUUCCAACAGCACAAGCCGCUACCUGCAUGUAUGGCUGGAUGGAGGGAAGGUCAAAGUUCAGGCGUAUGACUUUGAAAUUCUGCAGGGUCACGACAGAGUUAACGAUGGACAUUUUCACCUGGUGGGCGUGCACUUGGAGCGGGGAACGCUCACGCUCUCGCUCUCAGCUAGAACUCAGGCCUUGAUGGCCAGCCGAGGUUUGAUGAUCCGACCAGGUGACACGGUUCAUGUGGGAGGCUUAGAGGAUCGGAAAGCCUCGUUAACAUUCAGCGGCUACUUUAAAGGAUGCAUCCAGGACCUGCGGCUGAACUUCAAUCACCUGCAGUUUUACCCAGUCAGCACUCUGCUGGCUUCCUACAGGCUCAAAACCAUGGUGCAGGUCACGCAGGGCUGCACUGGCGACAAUUACUGCAGGAUGAACCCCUGUCUGAAUGGCGGCGUGUGUUACUCCAUGUGGGACGAUUUCACCUGCAGUUGCCCUCCAAACACAGCAGGACGGCGCUGCGAGGAGCUGAAGUGGUGUGAGCUUUCCCCGUGUCCCGUUACUGCAGGAUGUCUCACACACACUCAGGGAUUCGACUGUGUUACAAACAUCACUCUCCGUGAAGGAAACCCCAUCGUUGUGUUUAGAGGUAACGCCAAAAUCCGUCGCCCACUCCGCAGCGUGUCACUGACGUUCUGCACGAGGAGACGUGACGCUACACUGCUGCACGCCUCACGAGAAAACGACUUCAUUACAGUAUCCCUCAAGGAUGGACGACUUGUACUGAAGAUUCAGAGUGGCUCAAACGUCUCGCUCCGAGUGCAAAGCCGCCGGGCAGUGGUGAACGAUGGACGUUGGCACAGUGUCGUCCUGAGCAUGAACAACUCAUCCACGCCCACCUCCAGGUGGUCCAUGGUCCUCGACGAGCGCAGAGACCAAACGUCCAUCUCCGCCACCUCUUCUGGAGAUCUGGACUUCCUGAGGGAAGACACGGACAUCCUUUUGGGAGGCUGGGAGCUCGAUUCCGGGGCGAAUUUGGACGGAUGUUUGGGGUCGGUGGAAAUCGGCGGCCUUGUUUUGCCAUUUUAUGCAGAAACAGAACUCCGUAUGCCCAGGCCUCAGGAAGAAAAGUUCUUGAGGACGUCUGGAAUGCUGAACUUAGGGUGUUGGAGUGCUGAUAUUUGCAAUCCGAACCCUUGCCACAACGGAGGCCAGUGUGAGGAUCUUUUCGACCUCUUUAAAUGUCGAUGCCCAGCUGAUUGGCACGGUCAGAUUUGCGAGGUCAGGACUGAUGCCUGCAUUUCGAAUCCUUGCCUUCAUGGAUCCUGUGUUGUCGUUUCUGAAGGUUACAAGUGUGUGUGUGAGUCAGGAUACGUCGGUCAGCGCUGUGAAAAUAAAGAGGACGUGUGUGUGGGACACAAGUGCCGUAAUGGAGGUACCUGCCUCAGAGGAAUCAAAAAAUAUGCCUGCCUUUGCCCAAGAAACACAACCGGAGCGCUCUGCCAAGAACGAAUGCCAGAAAUGCCUUGGUACAUCGACAGGCUUCCGUCUCCCAAGUUGCCAGUGUCUAUCUGCGGGAAUGAUGAGUGGACUUACAGCUGCUUUAAUGGUGGAAACUGCUCCAUGUUUGAGGGCAAGUGUGACUGCCUGCCUGGUUUUACUGGACAGUGGUGUGAGCUGGAGCUGGACGAGUGUGCGUCGGGCCCUUGCCUGAACGGCGGAUACUGCCGCAACCUCAUCAACAGAUUCCACUGUGUUUGUGAGAUCAGCUUCGCCGGCGAGCGCUGCCAGAUUGACAUCAGCGAUUUCUACCUCUACGGUUUCCUGCUGAUGUGGCAGAACAUCUUCCAGCUGCUCUCCUACCUCAUCCUGCGCAUGGACGACGAGCCUGAGAUCGAGUGGAACGCUGCCAACGAUGAGUAA